AUGCGUGAGUGUAUCUCCAUCCAUGUUGGCCAGGCCGGUGUCCAGAUGGGCAACACGUGCUGGGAGCUGUACUGCCUGGAGCACGGCAUCCAGCCCGAUGGCACCAUGCCCACCAACAAACCCUCCGGGGGCUAUGAUGACUCCUUCACCACCUUCUUUAGUGAAACUGGCACAGGGAAGUACGUCCCCCGAGCCAUCUUUGUGGACCUGGAGCCCACUGUCAUUGAUGAGGUCCGAACUGGAACCUACCGCCAGCUUUUCCACCCUGAGCAACUGAUCUCCGGCAAAGAGGAUGCAGCCAACAACUAUGCCAGAGGCCACUACACCGUCGGCAAGGAGCACAUCGACUCCGUCCUGGACAGGAUCCGCAAACUGUCUGACCAGUGCACGGGGCUUCAGGGUUUCCUGGUCUUCCAUUCCUUCGGAGGAGGAACCGGCUCUGGCUUCACCUCUCUGCUCAUGGAGCGCCUUUCAGUAGACUUUGGUAAGAAGUCCAAGCUGGAGUUUGCCAUAUACCCAGCUCCUCAGGUGUCCACAGCUGUAGUGGAGCCCUACAACUCCAUCCUGACCACCCACACCACCCUGGAGCACUCCGACUGCGCCUUCAUGGUGGACAAUGAGGCCAUCUACGACAUCUGUCGCAGGAACCUGGACAUUGAGCGUCCGUCUUACACCAAUCUGAACCGCCUCAUCAGUCAGAUCGUCUCCUCCAUCACGGCCUCGUUGCGCUUCGAUGGGGCGUUGAACGUCGAUCUGACGGAGUUCCAGACCAAUCUGGUGCCUUACCCUCGCAUCCACUUCCCCCUGGCCACCUACGCCCCCGUCAUAUCGGCCGAGAAGGCCUACCACGAGCAGCUCACCGUGGCGGAAAUAACCAACGCCUGCUUCGAGCCGGCCAACCAGAUGGUGAAGUGCGACCCCCGCCACGGCAAGUACAUGGCCUGCUGCCUCCUGUACCGAGGCGACGUGGUGCCCAAGGACGUCAACGUGGCCAUCGGCAACAUCAAAACCAAGCGCUCCAUCCAGUUCGUGGACUGGUGCCCCACCGGCUUCAAGGUGGGCAUCAACUACCAGCCCCCCACCGUAGUUCCCGGUGGAGACCUGGCCAAGGUCCAGAGGGCGGUGUGCAUGCUGAGCAACACCACCGCCAUCGCCGAGGCCUGGGCCCGCCUGGACCACAAGUUCGACCUGAUGUACGCCAAACGGGCCUUCGUCCACUGGUACGUGGGCGAGGGCAUGGAGGAGGGCGAGUUCUCGGAGGCCAGGGAGGACAUGGCCGCUCUGGAGAAGGAUUACGAAGAGGUCGGCCUCGACUCCUUCGAAGAGGAUGAGGAAGGGGAGGAAUAUUAA